UUGAUUCAUUUUGUUCAUGAAUUUAAACCUUCAGAUAAAACAUGUUUCCUUACUAAAAAAAAACGUUAAAAUAAAAUGUCAUGUGAAGAUUGCUUGCAAUUUUUUCAUGGAAGGAAUGGAACGUUAGAACCUAACAAUCAGAGCUCAGUUUGGUCAAUCACGUGAGUUUUAUGUAGUAUAUAGACUGGAGCAGAAGAGUCUCUUCAUCAAGUUUUAUUUUGCUGUAAAGAUGGGAAGCUCACAAGUUAAUUUAGAGUCCAUUGAAGGAGAAGGCAGCUUGUUUAGAAAUUUGGUGGUUUCAACUGCAGUGGUGAUGGGUGGUUCAGCCUUGUGGGCAUAUAAAGCCUUACGACCACCUGCUCCAAAUGUUUGUGGCUCCCCCUCUGGCCCUCCCAUCACUGCCCCUCGCAUUAGCCUCAAAGAUGGCCGAUUCCUGGCCUACAAGGAAAGUGGAGUCCCUAAACAUAAGGCCAAAUACAAGAUAGUUUUAGCUCAUGGUUUUAUGGGCACUAGAGACUUUGUGUUGCCUGCAUCUAAGGAGGUUGUGGAGAAGUGGGGAGUGUAUUUUGUGAGCUUUGAUAGGGCUGGAUAUGGUGAGAGUGAUCCUCACCCACAGCGCUCAGUAAGAAGUGUAGCUUUUGAUAUUGAAGAGCUUGCAGAUCAACUGGAAUUGGGUCCCAGGUUUUACAUCAUGGGCAUCUCCAUUGGGGGAUACUCUGUAUGGAGUUGCCUCAAAUAUAUACCCCAGAGGAUCCAAGGUGCUACACUGGUAUGCCCUGUUAUAAAUUAUAGAUGGAGUGGCUUUCCUGCGGAACUAUCAAGAGAAGCUUAUCGUCAGCAACCCACAGAGGACCAGUGGGCGCUGCGAGUUUUGUAUUACACACCAUGGCUCACAUAUUGGUGGAUGACACAGAACUGGUUUCCUUCUUCAACUGCUAUUAAAGGAAACUGGAAAUCUGUAAAUAAGCAGGACAAUGAUAUGCGUAGUAAAGCUGCAGCCGAUCCAAAUUCUAUUCGAAGAUUAUCAGCCGUAGUACAGCAAGGUGUGUUUGAAUCUUUUCAUCGAGAAUUGAUGGUGAUGUUUGGUAAGUGGGAAUUUGAUCCCAUGGACUUAAAGUUGGAUGGAGGAAAGAAUCUAGCAGUUCAUGUCUGGCAAGGUGAUGAGGACGCAGUGGUUCCUGUUACAUUACAGCGCUACAUCUGCUCAAGGCUUCCUUCCAUUCACUACCAUGAGCUUCAUGAAGCUGGCCAUUUGUAUUAUCUCAUCCCACAUUAUGCUGAUGCCAUUCUCACUGCCUUGUGUGGAGGAUCACCACAGAAGUUUAGUUUGGUAUAUUGUAUUCACUCUUUCAGCAGAUACAGUUCGGAAGAGCUUCUAAAUGGCUUGAAAUGUGAAGUUGUAUUAAGUCUAAGUUUUGAAAAUUAUAUAUUAUAUAGACCGGAGCAGAGUAGUUUCAUCACCAAGAUCCAUUUUUCAGUAAAGAUGGGAAGCUCACAAGUUAAUUUAGAGUCCAUUGAAGGAGAAGGCAGCCUGUUUAGAAAUUUGGUGGUUUCAACUGCAGUGGUGAUGGGUGGUUCAGCCUUGUGGGCAUAUAAAGCCAUACGACCACCUGCUCCAAAUGUUUGUGGCUCCCCCUCUGGCCCUCCCAUCACUGCCCCUCGCAUUCGCCUCAAAGAUGGCCGAUUCCUGGCCUACAAGGAAAGUGGAGUCCCUAAACAUAAGGCCAAAUACAAGAUAGUUUUAGCUCAUGGUUUUAUGGGCACUAGAGACUUUGUGUUGCCUGCAUCUAAGGAAGUUGUGGAGAAGUGGGGAGUGUAUUUUGUGAGCUUUGAUAGGGCUGGAUAUGGUGAGAGUGAUCCUCACCCGCAGCGCUCAGUAAGAAGUGUAGCUUUUGAUAUUGAAGAACUUGCGGAUCAACUUGAACUGGGUCCCAGGUUUUACAUCAUGGGCAUCUCCAUUGGGGGACACUCUGUAUGGAGUUGCCUCAAAUAUAUACCCCACAGGAUCCAAGGUGCUACACUGGUAUCCCCUGUUAUAAAUUAUAGAUGGAGUGGCUUUCCUGCAAAAGUAUCAGGGGAAGCUUAUCGACAGCAAGCAAUAGAGGACCAGUGGGCUCUGCGAGUUUUGUACUAUGCACCAUGGCUAACAUAUUGGUGGAUGACACAGAACUGGUUUCCUUCUUCAACUGCUAUAAAAGGAAACUGGAAAUCUGUAAAUAAGCAAGACAAUGAUAUGCGUAGUAAAGCUGCAGCCGACCCAAAUUCUAUUCAAAGAUUAUCAGCCAUAGUACAGCAAGGUGUGUUUAAAUCUUUGCACAGAGAAUUAAUGGUGAUGUUUGGUAAGUGGGAAUUUGAUCCCAUGGACUUGAAGAUAGAUGGAGUAAACAAUCUACCAGUUCAUGUCUGGCAAGGUGAUGAGGAUGCAUUGGUUCCUGUUACAUUACAGCGCUACAUCUGUUCUAGGCUUCCUUCCAUUCACUACCAUGAGCUUCAUGAAGUUGGCCAUUUGUACUAUCUUAUCCCACAUUAUGCUGAUGCCAUUCUCACUGCCUUGUGUGGAGGAUCAUAACCAUAUCAUUCUCAUUAUGGCUAAAUAAUUUCACUGUCAUUCACCAUAAAAGCUGUUACAGCAACUCAAUAAGUACUGUCCCCUCCCAUGUGAUAUCUCCAAAUUCUCAAUGCAAACUUUUAUUAUUGUAUUGUUUUUUGGGUUCAAAAUCCUCUAAAUCUUAUGGACAAGGCAUUUCCACUUGUUUUUCUAAAGAUGGUGUUGCA